CAGACCAUUAAUGAGUGAAUGGGCUCCGCUGGGGAAGCUUGUCCUCACAUCAUGACAGCUGACAAGUCAGAAGCUGGAGAGUUAGCUCUGGAGCCCCUGCUCACUUGCAAACUGUGUCUCUGUGAAUAUUCCCUGGAUAAGAUGACUACUCUUCAGGAAUGCAGCUGCAUCUUUUGUACAUCAUGCCUAAAACAGUACGUACAGCUGGCAAUUCAAGAAGGUUGUGGAUCUUCUAUCACAUGUCCAGACAUGGUAUGCUUGAACCAUGGGACCCUACAAGAAGAAGAGAUUGCCUGUUUGGUGCCGGUUGACCAGUUUCAGUUAUACAAGAGACUGAGGUUUGAACGAGAAGUCCACUUGGACCCCCGGAGAACAUGGUGCCCUGCAGUCGACUGCCAAACGGUGUGCCAUGUGGCAACAAGCGAGUCGGGAGUGAAGAUGCUGGUGGAAUGCCCAUCUUGCCACCUGAAGUUCUGUUCCUUUUGCAAGGAGGCAUGGCACCCACAGCACCUGUGCCAGGAAAACCAAACUCCAUUGCUAAAUGAGCAGGGAUCGCUUAUUGGAACAGAGUCAGAGGCACCAAUUAAGCAGUGCCCAGUUUGUCGGAUCUACAUUGAGCGAAAUGAGGGCUGUGCUCAGAUGAUGUGCAAGAAUUGCAAACACACAUUUUGCUGGUACUGUCUACAUAACUUGGAUAACGAUAUCUUCUUACGACAUUAUGACAGAGGCCCUUGCAGAAACAAGCUGGGCCACUCACGGGCUUCGGUGAUGUGGAACAGGACGCAGGUUGUGGGGAUCCUCGUUGGACUAGGUAUAAUAGCAUUGGUGACCUCUCCCUUGCUGCUCGUGGCAUCUCCGUGCAUCAUCUGCUGCAUUUGCAAAUCUUACCGAAGCAAAAAGAAGAAACACAGCCCGCCGACAACCUAAAACUGUGUGUCUCUCUGAGCCUCCAUCUGCAGAGCGUAUUUUUUGUGAGAAAGCACAAUGGGUGUAUUUUGGUGCCAUACCUGCCAAAUAAUACUCUUCUAUGCCAAUUCUUGGGAUAAGUGCCUAUUCUUUACAGGCUACCCUAUCACUAACAAGUCCCAGUGUGGGAAAAGUCUAGAUUAUCAUGCAGUACGUAUGGUGUAGGUUUUUGCUUUCUAAAAGGAAAAUGGGACACCAUUCAGUAGUGCGUACCCUUAAAUGGGACAGCUUUUGAGACUGCUAGAACUUUACCAUCUUGCAUCAGCUGCAUGACUUGAUCCUGCAGUAUUACUCCACCUGUGCAGACCCAGUCAUUACUUUCAUGCUUUCUGUUGGUUCUUGGUGACACUCAGACUCCUUAAAAAGUUUGGGUUAUUUUUUGAAAGAGGGAGAGGGAAAAGCCUGAUUAUGUUCCUCUGUCUGCUAGCUUGUGUCCCAUUAAAGAUAGCAAACUCUGAAGAAAAUAUUUUUGACAGUUUCCUGACAAUUGGCUGCCGUGGCAUUUCUUUUCUCAUUGAAAUCAAUUUGAUUUAUGCAAUUGAAAUCAAUUACAGAACUAAAACCCAACAAAACUGUUUCUGACUAAGGUAGCACUCUCUUUUUCGAGACUGGACUACCUCGAGAAAGCUGGUAUUUUUGUCAGAUUAAGCAUGACAUCUACCUUGAAAUAUCAGAAGUAUGCAUAUUUCCCUGCCAUUGAGCAUGCCUUUUGUCAGUAACCUGCGAGCAGCAAAUUCACCAUGAAGCUAAUAUGUUAAGAAAGGCCAUGAUACGGUUCCUAUUUUGUGCACAGUAUUGGAAUUUUGGUUGUGCCUAUGUGAGCAGCCGCAUGGGCAUGGAUAGAAUAUAUUUUUUCAACAGUUUACACGAGGUGGCAGCAAGAACCCUGUUAGAAAGUUACACAGACCUGGCUAAGCCAAACCCUCCAUUAAAAUGUUACAGACCUGCUGAAGCGAAUACUUGAGAAAUGCUGUGUAAAUAUAAGCUCUGUCCAUUGUGGCUGUUUCUUCUGCCCCACUUGAGGUUAACAAACUCUGUUUCUGAUGAUUUUUAGUUACUCUAAAUCUGAAAGGCUGUCAUUUAAUGAACACUUCAUUUUAAUUUGAUGCCUCACCACCAAACUGAUUCAGACUCUGGUAUCAAUUACACCUGUGUAAGUUCACCAAAUCCUCACUGAAAAGCUGGAAUUACUCCAGGCUCACUCAGGAGUAGCUGAUAUCAGACUCUGCUCCCUGGAUUUUAUUUCUAUAAUGGCUGGUGCUCCUCCCAACCCUGGUUGGUGGUGGCUUUUGUUCUAGACUCCCAUCUGUGCAUUUUUUAUCUAUGGGAGCUGAUACAAGUUUGCACUAUGUAAUCAGUUGUAAUUCCAAACCCCUUUCAAAUAAGGGCUGCAAGGUUUAAAUGAGGUGCUUAGCCUGAGCAGCGUUUUGGGCUCACCCUCCGCCGAUUUGCCCUCCUUCCUCCAUCCACACAGUGUGAGGCACUCAAAGAGUGCUGCGAAGGGCAUCUUUGCUGUUGCGUUUGGCUGAGCCUCAGGAACUUUGCCUUCUUGGCAGCCAUAAAUGUGACCUUAUUUUGUGUAACUUCGCUCUCUGGGUACUGUAACAGAAGUGGAAGAUAUUCUUAUUUUAAGAAAGUGUGGUCUGUUGAGCAGACUAGCAGGGACAGAGGCCUUAAAUGAUAUUGUCUGGUUUACUUUUUAAUUGAUUUCUUUUAUAAAUACUGUCUGACUUUGCUACCAGUCAUGACUGGAGGGCAGGCAGUGCUCACCAGUGUGAAAGGCUACAUUUAUUCUCCAUCCACAGCCUCAAAGGGAAGCAGAGAGGUAGUCAGUACAUUCUAAAUACAGAGUGCAAUGCAGGCAACUGCCAUUUAUAAAAAAAUAGAGAAUGUUUUCUGUGUGUGUUUUCUUUAAGAGCACUAAUAGUAGUGCUUGCGGGUACUUGUGACAGAUUAAAGUGUCCAGCCCUUGGCUUUGCACUAUUUUUCUACCUAUGUUUUUAUGGCACUACUGUAAUUUCCAUUUUAUUUAUGAACUUGAAGUUCAGAGUCUUACUUUAAUGAAGUGUCAAGAACAAAGAUACAGGAGCUGUAUAGCCUCUUUAACCAUAACCAGCAUUGCAAUGUACCAGUAUCCUUUGCAUGUUAAAUUUGUGGGUUGUUCAUGUUUUAUGGUCUUAUCUAUGUCCAGUGCACCCUCUACAAAACUGGUUUCUUUCUGUGUCCUGUCCUUGUUUCCCUUGGCUUGUUUUUGCUAAAAUGCCUAUUGGAAUGAAAGUGUCAUAUUUUUUUUUCAUUAAUACUGCUUUGUUAAUGAAACUGCCAAGUUCUUCCAUGCACCUGAAGGCAGUUGUCCUACCCCCGAAUACACUAAUGAACAUAAGGUCACCAUUUAAAUUAUAAUACAAAUUUAACCUUCUUUUGUUCUUUAAAUGUUGUGUAAAAUUAAUGCAGAUCUCUUCAUAAAGUGAGAAUUUGUUUAAUUGGUUUGAAAGAUAAUAUUUUGUAACAGCAUUGCACACCUGCAUAGCUGUAAAGUCUGGGAAAGCAACACUAUUUAGUUUAUUUUUAACUCUUUAGCUAAAGUGGAGGGUAACUCCUUUUGGAGGCUAAUUCCUGCAGAGCAGAAGGAAGGUGUACCUUUUCUGUGUACACAUUUUAUUUCUGGUGCCAGUUUAGGUGCCUGAUGGAGGUACCAAAAGCAGUAUGCAGGUGUUAGCACAACCUGACAGCCAGUGUGCCAGUCCAGGCAUCUAAGGAGGCUGUACGGAGACUGGUAGCAGUGGCCUAGUUGGAAGUCUUUAAAGCCGGGUAAGGAGAGUGUGAGCUACAGGCAUACCUUCCUUUGGUUGUGUAGAUGCAACAAGUUGGACAAGAUAGAAGCUCUAGAAAUACCUUAGAACUUAAAAGCUUAAAAUAGAAGUCUUACAACGAUUAUUUUCUUUAAAAGGCUGUGUUCAGUGCACCUUGUGUCCUGGCUUUUCAUUGGACAGGGAUACGUGAGCAGGUGCUUUAAGCAGACCAUGACUUGGUCAGCAUGUGAAGACAUGCUAACUCUGCUGAGCAGAGAAGUACCUGUGCUCAUGUGCUGGGAGCAGUAGGGCCCUGUUAGCCUUGUUUUUCAGAAGGCAACUAUUUUGCACUAGCUGGUUUCCAGAGAACCAUUUUAGCAGGGAUCUUUUACAGUGUUGGUUUUUGGCUUUUUUGUUUGGUUGGUUGGUUUUUAACUGCACAAGAAAAAUCAAAGUCACUUUAUAGGAAAUUUAUUGCAACUGUGGCAAAUAAUACUAACAGAAAUUAGGGAGAAAGAAACAAAAACAGGACUCCAUCUACUUGUGACUCUUCUAAAUCAAUGUAGCUGUAAAUUUAUCCUCUUGAAUGCCAUCUGUGUGGUGUAGUUGGUGCGUGUUAGUACCAGGCUUCACUGCUCUUCCCCUGUGGCAGGUGGCUGGUGUGUAGGUGGCAUCCAGGGUAGAGCUCAGGACUGACACAGGACAGGGUUCUGUGCAGGAUCUGGAGUCUAUGGCAAAAGGCCCACCCUAGCUCCAUCACCAAUUUGCUCCAUCUCUCUCACUGAGAGAGACCUUGGGGGUUUUAGGCCAUUAACUUUACACUGACAGGAUCUACAGAAGUCUCUCUUGAAGAACAAAAGUGGCAACUGCUGUGUUCCCUCUGAAUCAGGGGCAUUCAGCCUUCUGGGCUCUAGAUGUUUAAACAGGAGAUCUUAGACCAGUGCUACGAAUCUGGAUUUUUACUGCAACUGGCCACAAAUCUCCGUGGCCACAUAUCUCAUUAUAAUUUCCCAGCAGUCACUGGAGCUAUGUCAAAUACAGCUGAGGACCGCACUCAGCAUCUCAUAUCCUUGUGUUAAAAUGAGGAUGAUGAUAACCUGCUCCAAAAAUCACCUGUUAAUAGAAAGAAAAUAUUUGUCAUGCUGUAGCAUAAGUACUUCCCUGCAGUAUUUAUUCUAGAAUCAUGGGUGACAGUCAACACUGCCAUUCAGUAGUUAAUGAUCUAUUAAUGGUGCAUGGGGUUACAUACCCCAAAGAAGGGCAUGAAGGGUUAAUGGUAAUUAAUGUUUCCACAGUGCUUUAAUGAUGCUGUGUGCUGUUGACUGUCCAGUAACACAGCACAAUGUCCAAGGGCAAGUUUAAAAUGUACAUAAUUUUUACUUGGAUAAACUAAGAGAAAUUGGGUAUUACCUUCAUAUUUUCUUGAAUAUAUGUAAAAGUGGACAGAAAUCAACUGCAUUUCCAUAAUGGGACAAUGAUAUCAACUUUUGGCUGCUGUGUUCUCUGGUACCACAGUGAGUGGUUGUGCUGUAGUGCCCACCACUUAAAAAAUUUGAAACCUGUUUUGCACUGUAAUUUCCUUCUCCCAGACUCUAUCAUCUUUCUCAAAGUAGUUCCUCUUAUGAUUGUGUUUUUCAUUCUCUAUCUCAGGCCAAAGAUUCUGAGAGUAAAAUUAGUGUAUUUCUGUGCAUGAAGAAAUCUUCCAACAGUUUUCUCCAUGGUUAUAAUAUGAAAUUUGGUGCUGGGAUAAAUGACCAAAGAUAGAAAUUUCAGACUUGGCUUGUUUAGACAAGCUCAUUCACACUUAAGAAGUUGUCAUGGAAAACAUAAAUAAGGACGGCUUUGUUAGAGCUUAUAAGGAGCCCUACUGCUUUUGAGCUUCACAGGAAAGAUGCUUCUAUGACAAACAGACUUUUGAAAAUGUGCUAGAAAAAACCUACAUCCUAUAUACAUAUUUUUAUUAUAUAAAUCAAAAUAGCUUCUCUUUCUUGGGUAUACGUACACAGUCAGAUAAUUUUAAAAUGAAACAGUUGAACAGAGUGUGCUAGUUAUAAAACAGUUUUAAGAGAUCUCUCACACAUGAGUGUGUAGGAUCAGGCUCUUAAUUUAUGUGUCUGGCAAUAAAGGUCUGAAAUUCUACCUCUCCUAGAGUAGUGAGAGUUGAUUCUUCUGCAGCCUGCUGGAAGAUGAACUUACUGCUAAGAUUCUGGAAAACUUCACUCUAAUAAUUAUUUGUCCUCUAGGUAGUAAAGUAAUAAAGUGAGAUCUGAAUGAUUUUGUUGAACGGGAAGCUGAAAGGUCGGGUUUGUGUCACUACACUCAAGUUGCUCAGAACCUAUGUGUUUUUAUAAUGUAUAAUUAUAAUUUAUACAAUUCAUAUAUAAUUUAUAACUAGCAAUUAUGAAAUAUGAUUUUGAAGUAUCUUUGCCUUUUAUCAUAUAAAAGAUUUAUUUUAGAUGUAUUCAUCCUGGAAGCCUUUCCUCUUCUGCUUCCUGUGGAGAAGGUCAUGGUGUUCCUACCAAGGUAAAUUCCUAUGAUUUGGUGCAAUCCACAGUAAAUGUUUACUGCUAUUUUUAAUUUCUAUCAGAGGUUUCGUUACUAUCCCUCAAGUUAGUUGAGUCACGCAAAUUUCUGUUGUUAGGAAAGGUAGUUUCCUAGCAGUAGUUUUUAUUUGCCAUCACAAUUCAGGCUGUACAAGAUGAUACUGGUUGACAAGGUUGACCAGCUUUUUAGAGGUCACAACCUCAUUCUUUCCCCUUCAGUCCAAGAAAUUUUCUCUUUUCCUGGCUAAAAAUUAAGGACUCCCAUAUUUUAAAUAUGUGUGACUGAAAGUGUCCAAGGUGUGUUUCUGAGCACUGGUGCAAACUGGCAAUGGUCAUAGAUCCCUGCGCUGCUCCAUCUGAGGCAGGUGUUUGGCUCUGUUUGUUGCACUGGGUUUAGCCAGGCUUUUUGCAGUGCUCCCACCUCUUUUCAAAUUUAAGGUCUCCCAGCUGGACUAGUGCAGCUUUUGGAUGUAUUUGUUUGCAAAUAAAGCCUUGGAUGGACAGAAGCAGGAGAGAGGCUUAGUUGGUCUGCAAGGGUGAGUGACACAGCAAAGAGCAGCUUUGUCUCAGCAGGAGGAAUCAUGCUUCUCUCCACAGGGCUGUCCCUUCUUCUCAGGGGGUUCAUCUACUGCACUGCAGCACACAAGGGUGAAUUCCUACUCAGCAUCUAGGUGUUCAUUUCCCUGGUACCUGCCUAGGCUUACAUUUAGUUUAUCUGUUUGUUUUCUUUUCCUCCAGGUAAUACACUUUCUUCACCACUUCUCUCCUGGUGAAGGGCAAAAGGGUUUGAUCUUUGUAAGAUUUGUUAAAAUAUAUUUGUGUUUGUAAGAGGAAAGCUAACAUGUAUAAAGAAAUAAGUGCUUUUGUAAUUUUUUUGUUGUGUGAUUCAGCAUUUAAACAUUUUACAGAUGAGAUUUUUUUGCACUCUGCAUACAUUCAUAAAAAAUAUUUAUUUUCUGUCUUUCAGGUUUAUUUUGGGUUUCUGUUUUCUUCUAAUGUUAUAAAACGCAGUAUGUGCAACAUUAAAAAAAAUCAGUGUAAAAA